AUGAUUUCCCAACUUUGCAACCAAAUAGUUUACAAACAAGAGCAACAUCAGAUGAUACAAACAAAAGCUUCUUCAACCCAACCAGCCGACACUGCUCAAAAUGGGAGUCAGAAUGGAGUUACCAAGAAGUCUACUUGGUCUUUUAAACAGAAACAAACACGUCCAAUCUCCAUACCUGAACCAAAACCUUUCAAGUCACAAGAAAAUCAGGGGAGUGUUGAAGACAAGCUGUCAAGAUGGAGAAGUUGGCUCCACAAAAGCACAGGAGAAAUAGUGCAGCCAUUAGUAAGUGCCUCGUUAGGCAAAACUCCUGAAAACUUAACCAAUGAAGCGAAACCAUCUGCCGAACUAAAGUCAAAGCAUUGGUGUAAAAAAGGACCACACAAGUCACCAAAACCACCAAAUACACUAGCUUCAACUGAAUCUGAGAGUUAUGAAAUACUCUCUACCGAAUCAAUAGACAUUUUUGGUGGUAAUGUGCUAACAAUAGUCAAGAGUUUAGAAGAGGAUGAUAGUAGACCAAUUGUAUUCGGAAACUAUUCAGGAGAGCCAGUUUACCAAAGAAAUAUUGAAGAGCCCGCAAUCUUUAAUUCCCAAUUAGUCAGGUUUAAUCAAUUUGACCAUUUUGAAGAAGCGACAUACCAUUCAUGGAAUAUUUGGAAAGUGGGGCAUGAUGGUACGAAAGAGAUGGGGGACAGUAUAGAAUGCAAAAUGGAUUUUGUUGACUUCUUCAAAAAGUUUACCUACCAAAAAGUGUAUAUAAUGAGAAGUAUUUUGGUUCCCAAUCACAACCUGUUCAAAAAUGGCUACUUGGUGAAGCUAAAACUCUUGUCCGAGAAGGAGUCUAAAGGCGAUAUGGGGUUGCAAGUUUUUAUGAAGUGUUGUAGGAAUUCAAUCCUGAAUAAUGUGCCCAACAAUGCUAUCAAAAUUAACGUCUGUGGGUUCACCUACAUUCGAAAAGGAUCCCUAACGCAAGUCACUCUUUGGAUCCACCCAAUCAUGAAUAUGUCUUUUGAUAUUUCCAAUCAAGUGAAAUUGUUAAUAAAACUGCUUAAUUUGGAGACAAAUAUAAACAAAACCACUUUGGUGGAUGUCAAUAAUGGAUCAAAAACGGAAAUCACCGACAGCUAG